AUGAUGUACAAAUUGCGCUCCUUUUGGACCCAGUCCUUCGGGCUGCCCACGCCGUCACUCACGGAGAAGAACCUCCCCGAUCAAACGGGCAAAGUCUACCUCAUCACCGGGAGCAACACCGGGGUUGGCUAUCAAGUGGCCCAGAUCCUCUACUCGCGCAAUGCCAAGGUCUACGUGGCGGCGCGCACCGAAUCCAAGGCUCUCGCGGCCAUCGAGUCCAUCAAGAAACAACAUCCCAAGUCUCAGGGGAAACUCGAAUACCUCUACCUGAACCUGUCCGACCUGAGCACCAUCAAAGCCAGCGCCGAGGACUUUUUGUCCCGCGAAGACAAGCUGCACUGGCUGGACAACAAUGCUGGCGUCAUGAUACCCCCCCUGGGUUCCAAGGGCGCCCAGGGCAUGGAUCUGACGUACCAAACUAACAUCCUGGGCCCGUUUCUAUUCACCAAACUCCUCCUGCCCAUACUCAAGCGCACGGCCGAGGACGAGCCAAGAGGCACCGUGAGGGUCAGUUGGGCGGGCAGCCUCGCGGUGGUGCUGCAGAGUCCCAAGGGCGGUGUGGCGUGGAAGAAAGGUCCCGACGGGGAAGAGACGCUGGAUGACAAGAACAGCAACAGCUUCACGUACGGUGUCAGCAAGGCGGCGAAUUAUUUCUUUGGCACCGAGUUUGGGAAACGCUAUGGUGUCAAGGAUGGAGUUCUCCACAAUUGUUACAACCCGGGCAACCUCUCGUCGGACCUCCAACGCCACGCCAACGACCAAUGGCCCAGCUGGGCCCGCUGGAUCCUACACACUCUGCUCCUCUACCCGUCCAUCUACGGCGCCUACACCGAGAUCUACGCGGGCCUGUCGCCGGACCUGACGCUGGAGAAGGAUCAAGGCGCCUACAUCAUCCCCUGGGGUCGGAAGGGCCAUGUCCGCCCGGAUCUGCACGCCGAGGCCGUCACCAAGGACAAGGGGGAGGCGAGCAAGCUGUUCGACUGGUGUGACCUGGUCACUAGGGAGUAUGCAUAG